UCCUUUUUCCCCAAGACCAAGAACCUACCAUGGCUGGCGCGAUCAACCUGCACAAGCAAGGCGUCGAGCUCGAAGCCAUCAUGAGCAACAACGAGGGCCAGACGCGCCGCACCAAGAUCUUCUGCACCAUCGGGCCUGCCUGCUGGACGGUCGAGAAGCUCACGGCCAUGAUCGACGCGGGCAUGAACGUGGCGCGCUUCAACUUCUCGCACGGCGACCACAAGGGCCACGGCGAAGUGCUCAACCGCCUCCGCACGGCCAUCGCCUCGCGCCCGCACAAGCACGUGGCCAUCAUGCUCGACACCAAGGGCCCGGAGAUCCGCACCGGCUUCCUCGCCACCGAGGACAAGAAGGUGCACAUUGAGAAGGGCUCGAUUGUCGAGUGGACGACCGACUACGAGUUCCUCGGCGACGAAACCAAGCUCGCGUGCUCGUACGAAGACUUGCCCACGUCGGUGCAGGUCGGCGGUACGAUCCUCGUUGCCGACGGCUCGCUCGUGUUUGAAGUCACGGAGGUCCUCGAGACCGGCGUCAAGGCGCGUGCGCUCAACUCGGCGGUGCUUGGCGAGCGCAAGAACAUGAACUUGCCGGGUGCCAAGGUCACGCUCCCGACCAUGACCGAGCGCGACGAAGACGACAUUGUCAACUGGGGCCUCGUCCAGGGCGUCGACUACAUUGCCGCUUCGUUUGUGCGCACGGCCCAGGAUAUCGAUAACAUCCGCGCCGUCCUCGGCCCGCGUGGCCGCGCCAUCAAGAUCAUUGCCAAGAUCGAGAACCAGGAAGGUCUCCAGAACUUUGACGAGAUCCUCGAGAAGACGGAUGGUAUCAUGGUGGCCCGUGGUGAUCUCGGUAUGGAGAUUGCGCCCGAGAAGGUCUUCCUCGCCCAAAAGAUGAUGAUCCGCAAGGCGAACAUUGCCGGCAAGCCCGUCGUCACGGCCACUCAGAUGCUCGAGUCGAUGAUCAACAACCCGCGCCCGACGCGCGCCGAGUGCACGGACGUCGCCAACGCCGUCUUGGACGGUUCGGACGCCGUCAUGCUUUCGGGUGAGACCGCCAACGGCGACUACCCGAUCCAGGCCGUCGAGAUGAUGCACAAGACGUGCUUGCAGGCCGAGGGUGCGAUCCACUACGACGAGCUCUACCAAGCGCUCCGCAACUCGGUGCUCGAGACGAACGGCAAGAUGUCGACGCAGGAAGCGAUCGCGUCGUCGGCCGUCAAGACCGCCAUCGACAUGGGCGCCAAGAUGAUUGUCGUCCUCACCGAGACGGGCACGACCGCGCGCUUGAUCGCCAAGUACCGCCCGGCCUGCCCGAUCCUUGUGCUGACGGCGCUCGGCGAGACUGCUCGCCAGUGCGAAGGCUUCUUGAAGGGCUCGUACUGCCGCGUCAUGGGCUCCAUGAUCGGUACGGACUCGAUCCUGUACCGCGCGACGGACCUCGGCAAGCAGUUUGGCUGGAUCCAAAAGGGCGACGCUGUCGUCGCCAUCCACGGUAUGAUGGAAGCGCGCUCGGGCUCGACCAACAUGCUCAAGGUCCUCGUCUGCGACUAAAGUGUACUCGUCGAUGCGUCGACUCUUUUCCCAACUAAUAUAACUAGCUGCUACAACCGU